AGCAGCACUGGCGAGUUCAAAGAAGAGAAAGGUUGCGAUAAACCAGUAUCAGUAAUACCAGAAAGUGGAGAGCAAGUGUUCUAUGAGAGGAAACCUAACCUAAGGAGGUAGGAAGACACCUACCGAACGGGCAUGAAGGUGGUGACGAUAUGCAUGCUGGCGGCAGCCCUAAUGGUAGGCGCCGCUGGUAACCUGCCGCCCCCCGAGAGGUCAUACAAGAUCCUCAUGCUUCUUCCUGCUUCCUCAAAAAGUCAUAAAAAUGUGUUCAUGGCCUUGGCAGAGGUUCUGGCAGACCGUGGACACAAGAUUGUGAUGCUUACUGGUUUGCCGCCAUCGUCCAAGAAUCCAAACAUCCAUGAAAUAAACCAUGGUCUACAAUACUUCGGAGACAAAAAGAGCAUGUUCGAGAAGGGUAAGGAUGGAAUUGGUGGUUUAGGAGCGUUCAAAUUUAUGCUCCCCGCCCUCGCUCGUGAACUAUACAAGGUGCCAGCGGUUCAGCAGCUGUAUGAGAAAAGAAAAGACUUUGACCUCAUUGUCGUCAAUAGUCUUUUCAAUGAGCCCGCGUACCCGUUUGUGCACGAGGUUCCGUUCAUCAUGGUAUCCACCCCCGGGAUGGACCCCCGCCAAAGUGCCGUCCUGGGCAACGUACUCAACCCGUCCUACGCUCCAAACCUUAUGAUGAGCUACCCCUUCCCCAUGUCCAUGUGGCAGCGGAUCAAAAACACAGCCAUGCACAUCCUUUUGCCCCUCUUUUGGAGGAAUUGGGCUGUUGUUCCAUUAGUGCAAAAGGAGAUCUCAGCCCAGUUCCCGGAUCUGCCGCCACUGCUGGAGAUCGAGAGUAACCAAAGUCUAACACUGAUGAACACUCACUUCAGCAUCUCGACCACGGUGCCCCUGCUGCCCUCACAGGUGGAGGUGGGCGCCAUGCACUGCCGCCCGGCAAAACCCCUGCCAGAGGACCUGGAGUCAUGGAUCGCAGGCGCGGGCAAUGAGGGCGUCAUCUACUUUAGUCUAGGCUCCGUCACUCGCGGCGAAACUAUGCCGCCGGAGUAUCGCCAAACCUUCCUGGAGGCCUUCCGUAGACUGCCGCAGCGCGUCCUCUGGAAGUACGAGGGAACGUUGGAGGGCGUGUCAGAUAACGUGAUGAUCAGCAGCUGGCUGCCCCAGCAGGACAUCCUCGCUCACAACAAAGUGAAGGUGUUCAUCUCCCACGGUGGCCUUCUCAGCCUUCAGGAGUCCAUCUUCCACGCCACGCCCCUCCUUGUCCUCCCCAUAUUCGGUGACCAGCCAAGGAAUGCCAUGUAUGUGGAAAGCUCGGGUCUGGGUCGCAUGAUGGAGUGGGAGGAACUUACUGCUGACAGGAUCGUCGACGCCCUCACGGAUAUUACAACCAAAACAAAGUACAAAGAGACCGUGUCGGCAAUGUCGGCGUCCUUGAGGGAUCAGCUGACGACGCCGCAGGAGCGCGCUGUCUUCUGGACGGAAUACGUGAUCCGCCACCGAGGGGCGCCGCAGCUGAGGUGCCCGGCCACCCAGCUGUCCUGGGUGGAGUUCCUGCUACUGGACGUGGUGGGCCUCCUGCUGCUGGCCCUGCUGGUGCUGCAGCUCCUCCUGCGACGCCUUCUUAGGAGAGUCUCCACCGUCGUCUUUGGCAGCAACGUUAAGAUAAAGACACAAUGAUGGUACGGCAGGAAAUACUGUGCAUACUGCUGUUUCUAAUGAAUAUAAUAUACAAGAUGUUGCAAGGAGUCCACAAAUCUACUUCAUUCUUAAGUUCAUCAUGUUAUACAAUUUUGAGGUUUCUCAUAAAUCUAUGUGCUGCAUC